AUGUCAAAAUAUGAUAAUAUAGUUGGUGGAAAGUUAAAGUUAAAAGGAGCAGCAGUACCUUUGAAACCGAGUUUCGAUGGGAAGAAGAAAAAGAAAAAGUCAAAGAUUAGAAAGGUAGAUGAUGAAAGUAACGAUGAUAUAAAUAACGCUGGUGCUAUUCCUACAACCGGUCUAACAGAGUCGGAAAUCAAACAUAAGAAACAACAAGAAAGACUAGAAGCAAAGAGAAUCGAAUCAAUGAUAAAAAAUUCACACAAAGAGAAAGUAGAAGAAUACAAUAGAAAGCUAGGGAAUCUUCCAGAGCAUAACGAUAUUCCAAAGGCAAAAUCCUUAACCUCUCUCGGAAAUGUUGGAAACACCUCUUCAUUGACCAAGAACUUUGGAUCAUCAAACGGUAACUCAUCUAGUCAAUCUUCUAUUGACACUGCAUCAUGUUGCUACCACUAUAAUCAUUGUGGUGGUGGAAUCAAUAUUGAUAUCGAUAUCAAUAUUAACAUUGGACACGGAGGUCGUAGAUGUGGUUGUUAA